CGCCGACGCCGUAGCUCGGCGCUCCCUCAGCCGCAGGAACCCAAGUCUCCGUGGCGGCGGCGGCGGCGGCUUCGGAUCUCCGGUGUGCUCGCGCGCUAGCUCAGCACCAUCACUCCCCGCCCUCACACACACACACACACGCACCCCGGGAAGGGGACACGGAAGCCAUGGAGGACUUCAUCGUGAUUUCGGACGACAGUGGUUCCGAGAGUUCGGAAGGGACCCGUUCGGGCCGAGCGCGGAGGCUGCGCCGGGCCCUAUCCCGGACCUCGGGCUCGCUGCCCCGCCGGACCGUGGACUUCAUUGACUUAACUAAAGAAACCAGAACAAGGACGAAAGAUCGCAAUGAACUCUGUGUGAUUGAUCUGACAAGAAGUGAGGAAGAAAGCAGACCUAUUGCCACUCUAGACUUGACACUAGAGCCUGUCACUUCCUCCCAGAAGGAACCAGCCAUUCUCCAGACAAGUACCAGUCUCUCAGAUAAAAAUGUGAUGGAAACUCAGGUAGACAGAAGCUCUCGGCCUGCAGCACAGAGAAUCAUUAACAGUGUCCCUGUGGAUUUGGAUCUGGUGGAAGAAAUCACAUUUGAAGGCCCUCAACCCCCUACAGCCAUGGAUCAAGACUCCAUUUAUCCACCAGUACCAAAUUGUAGCUCAGCCCCAUGCAAAGGUGGCCUCAGCUUCUUGACAAGCCUCCAGCUCUCCUCACAAGUGAGCUCCCUCUUCCCAGCAAGCAGUAAUGGUAGCAUCAGCAAUCAGAGGGCACCUUUGCCAUGCCCACAGCAAGAUGUGCCUUGCCCACCUCAAGGCUUUCCAUGCCUACUGCAAGCCCUACCAUGCCCACUAAGAGCGUCUCCAUGCCCAUCACAGGCCUCUUCAUGCCCACCACGAGCCUCUUCAUGCCCACCGCGAGCUAUGUCGUGCCCAUCACAAACUGGGCAGUGCCAGUUCCAAUCCUUGCCGCAUCCACCUCAACAAGUGCCGUGUUCCUCUCCAGAUCUGCCAUGCCCCCAGCACCCAGUGAGCACACUGCAGGAUGUUCCAGACCCACCUCAAAACUUACUCUGGCAUCCUCAGCACCCAGUGACCCUACCACAAGAUGUAUCAGACCCACCUCAAAGUCUCUCAUAUACUCAAGAUGUCCUAGGCUCACCUCAAAGUCUCUCUUACGCACAGAAUGCAGCACACCUUAAAGACAUUACUCAAUCAUUGCGAGAUGUGCCACCAACAACAACAGAUUUAUCCCAGUCACCAGGAGAUGUGAAGCAAUCACUCAGAAGUGUGUCAGAGUCAGUAGAUAUUCCAGAGCCACCCAGCAAUGCCCUACACUUGCGAAGCAAUAUGUCAGAGUCAGUGGGAGAUUUACCAGGAAAUGUUCCACACUCUCCACAAGACUUAGUGAGCUUACCACACAGGAGGCCCGGCUCUUCCCUGAAUGAUGUGCAGAAUCAUGACAUACCUAUGGAUAUUUCUGCUCCAUCUUCUCCAAGCCACUCCCCCUGUCCACAGUCUGAAAAUUCCUUAGAGAAAGUUCCUUGGCUUUCUGUUGCAGAAACCCCAGCCAGAAAAGAGAAAUCACUGCCAGAGUCUACCAAUCCUGGGUCUUCCCGGGUACACGCACAAAUACAAGGUGGGGUGCACAGUAGGCCUUGCCUACAUAGACUAAAGUACUUCUUACGACCUCCAGUACAUCAUCUCUUCUUCCAGACACUAAUACCAGAUAAAGAUACACGGGAGAACAGGGGUCAAAAAUUAGAACCCAUCCCUCAUCGAAGACUAAGAAUGGUGACAAAUACCAUUGAAGAAAACUUUCCUCUGGGGACUGUGCAGUUUUUGAUGGACUUUGUUUCACCCCAGCAUUAUCCACCCAGAGAAAUUGUGGCUCACAUCAUCCAGAAAAUUCUGCUCAGUGGCUCUGAGACUGUGGAUGUCCUCAAGGAGGCUUACAUGCUUCUCAUGAAAAUUCAACAGCUUCACCCAGCCAAUGCCAAGACGGUGGAGUGGGACUGGAAGCUGCUCACCUAUGUCAUGGAAGAAGAGGGACAGACUCUGCCUGGGCGAGUCCUUUUUCUGCGAUACGUAGUGCAGACCCUGGAGGAUGACUUCCAGCAUAUCUUGAGGCGGCAGCGGCAGCACCUGCAGCAGUCCAUCGCGAACACCGUGCUGUCCUGUGACAAGCAGCCCCACAAUGUCAGAGAUGUUAUCAAGUGGCUGGUCAAAGCAGUGACUGAAAAUGGAUUAACUUCAGCCCCAAAUGGGAAUCAGACCUCUUCUGGACCAGGAAUCUUGAAAACCUGCAACAGCCAACUUUCUUCCCAGCCUGCCCUGACCAAGAGCACCAAUCAGCUGGUUGUGUGUCAGCUUCAGAGGAUGUUGUCCAUAGCCGUGGAGGUGGACCGCACUCCCACCUGCAGCUCCAAUAAAAUAGCUGAGAUGAUGUUUGGGUUCGUGCUAGACAUUCCUGAGCGGAGUCAGAGGGAGAUGUUCUUUACCACCAUGGAAAGUCACCUUCUGCGCUGCAAGGUGUUAGAGAUCAUAUUUCUCCACAGCUGCGAGACACCCACCCGCCUGCCCUUGUCCCUGGCCCAGGCCCUCUAUUUUCUGAACAACUCCACAUCACUGCUCAAGUGUCAGUCAGAUAAAACCCAGUGGCAGACUUGGGAUGAGCUGGUUGAGCAUCUGCAGUUUCUGUUGUCCAGUUAUCAACAUGUUUUAAGAGAGCACCUACGGAGUUCAGUGAUUGAUCGAAAAGACUUAAUCAUCAAAAGGACUAAACCCAAGCCCCAGCAGGGAGACGACAUCACCGUGGUGGACGUGGAGAAGCAGAUUCAGGCCUUCCACCGCCGCCUGACUCAGAUGCUGGGGGAACCUCUGGUGCCCCAGCUACAAGACAAAGUGCACUUGUUAAAGCUGCUGCUCUUCUAUGCUGCUGAGUUGAACCCCGACUCAGAGUCUACCCUAAAGCACUGAAGGAGCCCAAGCGAGAGACCUCCGAGCACCGAGAACACCUGUCUCCAGUACUUAGGAGCUCUGAAGUAUGGACAGUAGUUAACAUAAAUCAUAGGACCAAACCUAUAUAUUUAUCUGUAGGUUAUAACUUUCUAACUCUUUAGCAUAUAUCUUUUUUGAUAUACCCUAUCCUAGCCUGUUCAAAUAUGGCUUCAACAUACAAGGUGUAUAUAUUUUAAUAAAUUAUUUAUCUACUUUUUCUGUAAUAGGCAAUACCAUAUGGAUUGUAUGUUUAACAUUUCCAUUCAUGUGACAGAAGCCUCUGCUGAACAAGCUGUGCAUCACUGAUGUGUUAUUCAGGCACUGCCAGACGGCCUCUUUCUGGAAUAGAAUACAGACAUUCUAUAUUAGACUUUUCAUAUUGCCUGUGAAUCUGACUUUGUGGCUAAUUUAUGUAACAAGGCAGAGCAAAGAAACAAAAGGAUAGUGUGUUAUAAACAUUUCAUGUUAAAGAUGUAAUAAACAGGCAAUGUUUUUUUCAAAA